AUGGCGCCGGCUAAGAAGAACAAGUACUCGGUCAUCUUACCGACGUACAAUGAGCGCCAAAAUCUACCCAUCCUGAUACAGAUGCUGCACGAUGUCUUCACCAAGGAGAAGCUUGACUGGGAGGCGAUCAUUGUAGAUGAUGCAUCUCCCGAUGGAACUCUUGAGCGAGCGAAACAGCUGCAGAAAGCAUUCGGAUCGUCACACAUCGUCCUGAAGCCUCGAGCGGGAAAGCUAGGACUGGGAACAGCCUACGUUCACGGACUCCAGUUUGCGACGGGCAACUUUGUCAUCAUCAUGGAUGCCGAUUUCUCACAUCACCCUAAGUUCAUCCCACACUUCAUCAAGAUCCAGGACGAAACCAACUGCGACAUUGUUACGGGUACGAGAUAUCGAUCGAACCGCGGAUUGAUUGGUGGUGUCUAUGGUUGGGAUGCAAAGCGAAAGCUGACCAGCUGCGGCGCCAACAUUCUGGCCGAUUUUCUACUCAACCCGGGCGUAAGCGACCUGACAGGGUCAUUCCGACUAUACAAGAAGGAAGCAUUGGUGACGGUCAUUGAGAAGACGGAAUCAAAAGGCUACACGUUCCAGAUGGAGAUGAUGACACGAGCGAAGGCUAUGGGCAUGAAGGUCGAAGAAUGCCCUAUCACCUUCGUCGAUCGUCUCUAUGGUGACAGCAAGCUAGGCGGUGAGGAAAUCGCAGAGUACCUCAAGGGCCUGUUGUGGCUUUGGUGGACUGUAUAA